AUUCUACACUGAUAACGUCGUUUUUCAAAUUCAUUGCACAGAAUAGCUACAUAUUCGUUAUUACCGCUAUCUUUAGUAUAAUAAUAUCGACAUAAUCGGUAUUAUAUGGGUUUCUCCAUUUCAACAUUCAUAUUUAACCACCCGUGGCCGUAGCAUCCGUGCUUAUCGGUUAUCGACGGAGUUCUCACCACCGCCUAAAAUUCCUGUCGUUUUGAUUAUUUAUUCUCGUCGCGCUUACUGGUCGUCGUCGUCCGACUUUCUAUUCGGGUAGUCGAGUGUGUUAAUUGGAAUACUCCCACAUCUUUAAUAUAUUAUUCAGUCGUUUAUUCUAACAUUCAAGUUAGUUGUACACUCACUUUUUCUAUUCACACGGUGUACAUCUCACGAUGAGUUUCAGCCCUCUAUCGUCCAAUCAAGUUUUGGCAAUAUUGCCCGCCAACACGUGGACCGAGAUAAUUUUACCUUCGAUUACACCUAAUAAAAAUGGAAUAUAUAUAGCAACUACUGAAAAAAACAAAAACAUUUAUUUAAAUGACAAAAAAGUGAUUUCAUUACAAAGUUGUUCAUUUAAAAGAGUGGAACAUUUUCAAGCAUUAAAAAUAGUUGCUGUUGAAAUUAAUGGGGAAUGGUUCAGAGGAAAAUUAAUUAGUUACAAUGAAUUUCAAUCUGAUGAUACCAGAAUUGAAUUGAUUGAUGUUGGUUCUUUUUAUCAAACUAAACUACAAAAUAUGUAUGAUCUCCCUUAUUAUCUCAUAUAUGAUCCAUUAGUUUUACCGAUAAAAUUUAAGAAUUUUAUCCCCUCUACUAAUAAAAUGACUGUAACACCUCUUUUAUCUGAAAGUAUGCUGCAUGAAGGUGUUGUUCUUGUUGAUGUAGAUAAGACCCAGAAUAAAAAAUUUAAUUUGGAUAAUGAAAUAAAAUCCAAUUUUACCAAUGGUUUAAGUAUUACUAAUGAUAAAAAGUUGACUAAUGGUUUCAGUAUUACUAAUGAUAAAAAUUUGACAAAUGGUUUAAGUAAUACUUGUGAUGUAAAUUUUUCUGUUCUUCACGAUAAUGAUGUAUCAAAUGGAUAUUUAUCAAAAAGUUUGAGAAGAGGUAGCUUUUACGAUCAGCCAAAGCUGCAAAAUGUACCAUUAAAAAAUAAGGAUUAUUGUAUUAUUACCUAUUUUGAAAACUUUAAUAAAAUAUUUGUUGGUAAAGCUAUGAAAAAUGAAAACAAUCUGUAUAAUUUUUGCGAAUUUAAUAUAUUAAAUUUUACAACUAAUAGUCAAGAUAAAAUACCCAAGUUAAAUCCUGUUGUGGGUGAUACUGUUAAAGUAUUUUCAACAGAAUACAAAAAAUUCUUCAGAGGUAAAAUUUUAAAAAAUAAUAACGAUGGAAGUUAUAACAUUUACUACAUUGAUUAUGGAAAUGAAGAAAAAAUCCCAUCUAAUGCAAUCUUUGAAUUAGCUGAUGAAUUAAAAAAGCCACCAAUAGCUGUUAAAGUAGGAAUUGAUGAUUUAAAACAUAUACAAGAGACUGAUGAAAUUAGGAACCUGUUUAAUGACUUUGCUAAAGAUCAAAUACCAUUUAUUAUUGAAUUUGACGAAACAUCUAAAACAUGUUUAGAGAAUGUUAAAUUAAAAGCUGUUGAAAGUGAUCUCUAUAUUGACAGUUAUGUAAAGAAGUGUCUGCUAACAAAAUUAAACAAUAAAGUUAAGAAACAAACUAAUCAAAAUAAUUUAUUGAGUAAUAAUUAUAAUAUAAACAAACUUAAAAAUCAUGAUAAAGUUUUUAUAAAACAUUUUGAAGAUAUGGGUCAUGUUUAUAUUAUCAAGGAUGCAAAAUUAUUUAAUGAAAUGAUGUGUAAAAUUAUUCAAGAUAGAUCAGCCAUUAAAUAUCAUUUUAAAGUGGGAGAUAUAGUUAAAGUAAAUACGAAAAAUUCUGAUUAUCGUGCAAAAAUUAAAAAAAUUGAUGAUAAUUUGAUCACUGUCAUGACUAUUGACAUUGGGUGUUGUAAAGAAGUGCCAUCUAAUUGUAUUUAUGAAUUAUCUGAAGAACUUGCAAAGAUUCCUGGUUUGGCAAUUGAAGUUGGAAUUAAAAGACCUAUUGUAAAAAGAUCAUCGACAUUAGAUGAGUAUAUAAAUCAAAUUGAAAAAAUUCCAUUAUUUGUAGAAUUUGAUGAGAACAAUUCUAAUGGAUAUCAAGAUAUCAUUUUAAAAAGAGAAGAUAAUUCAGAAAAUAUUUUUGAAGAAUUCCUAAAAUCAAUAAAAAAUGAAUUAGUUUUGAAUGAAAUAUCCAAUGAUAGUGAUAAUAAUUCAAUUAUUAAUAUGGAAAGAAAGAGUGUAACAAAUGAUUUUCAAAUUAUUAAAUUAGAAAAUGGAGAUCGUUGUAUAGUUUCUUAUUUCAAAGAUUUUAAAAAUAUUUAUCUUUGUGGAGCUGUAAAAGACAAUGAAAAGAAUUCUUAUAAAGUGCAUAAUUAUGAUAUUAUUACAAAAACUUUGGAGAGUACAGAUUGUAAAAUUAAAACAAAUUUGGCCAUAGGAGAUGUGGUAAAAGCUUUUUCGUCUUCAUUUGAUGGUCUAUAUAGAGCAAAAAUUUUAAAUAUUGAGAACAAUAUUGGUGUCCAUGUUUGGUUUAUUGAUUUUGGAAAUACAGAAAUAAUACCAUCAAAUUAUAUAUUUGAACUUUCUGAUGAAUUAAAUAUUAAGACUGAGCUGCCUGUUUCAGUAUCAAUUGAAGUUCCUCCAAAUGCAAGUAUAAAUGAUGACAUAACCGAUUUAUUUAAAAACUUGGUGUACAGUUGUGAAGUUCUAUCUAUUGUAUACAAUGAAAAAAAUAUUAAUAACUUGGAAAAUGUGCUCCUAAAAGAAUUAAAGUCUGAUUGUUAUAUAAAUGAUAAAGUAUUAAAAUUAUUACCAGCUGAAGAAAUGUCAAUAAAAAAUCAUGAACAUUGUAUUUUAACACAUUUUGAAAAUUUUGACUGUUUGUAUGUUUCUUCCAAAGCUCUAGAAGAAGAAAAUGCUUCAUUUUUAAAAACCCUAAUGGAAAGUAAAGAUCGUAAUAAUAAAAUAAAUCCAGUUGUAGGAGAUAUUGUUAAAGUUUUUUCUCCCUUUUAUCAAGAUAUCUUUAGAGCUAAAAUUGUUGAUGUUAAAGGUAAUAAUUAUCAAGUUUUUUAUAUUGAUUUCGGAAAUUAUGAACAAGUUCAAUCAAGAAAUAUAUUUGAACUUACUGAUCAUUUUAAAAUGAAAGCUGGAUUUGCAGUUAAAAUUGGGAUUAAUAUGCCAUGUAAUGUAAAAAUAAAUAAAGAAAUAUCAAAUUAUUUUUCAGUGUUAGCCAGCAACGCUGAAAAAUUAUCUAUUGAGUAUGAUGAAACUAGUGAAAUGGGAAUAAAAAAUUGUAUUUUGAAAGUCUUAUCAACUGGUCUUAAUGUAAAUGAUGAAGUAUUAAAAUUGUUUACCGAUCAGUCUUCUGUAUCUUUAGAAAAAGUCGAAAAUUUGAAAAUGAAAAUUGAAGAUCCAACAAAAGUACUAGAAGUUACGAAUAAUAUCAAUUCCCAUCCACUUAAAAAUGGAGAAACAGUCUAUCUUCGGUAUUUUCAUGAUUCAACUUCUAUUUUUGUUAGUCGUGAAUCUGAAGAAUAUGACUCUGCAGUUGAAAAAACUGCUUAUGAUACCUCAAAACAAAAAAAAUCAAAAAUUGAAAUUGGAGACAUUGUCAAAGUAAUGUUUGAUGGUGUGCUGUUUCGUGCAAAAAUACUCAAAAAAGAGGAUAAACAUUUGUUUCGUAUUUCAUUUAUUGACUAUGGAAAUGAAGAGAUUGUUUUAGAUGAUGAAAUUUUUGAACUUUCUGAUGAAUUAAAAAAGAUCCCUGUAUCAAUUUUUGAAAUCGGUGUCAAAGGAUCUCUAAAAAUUGAAAAAACAGAGAUUGUAGAUAAAUAUUUUAAAAAUUUAGAAAAUGAACCUUUAUAUAUUGAAUUCGAUGAAGAAAACCCAAAUGGAUUAAAAGAAGCUGAUUUAAAAAGAAAAAAUAAUAUAAGUAUUUUUGAUGAAUUUAUUGACAAACCAUUAAAUAAUAAAGAAGAACCAGUACUAAAAUCAUGGAAUGAGACUAUGUUAAUAAAUUUACCUGAACCAGAAUCUGUAACAAAUAUUGAAUUAAAAAAUGGUGACAUUGUUUUUUGUUGUAAUUUUGAAGAUUUUAAUCAUAUUUACCUGUGUAAAAGUUCUAAAAAUACCAUACCACAAAAUAACAAUUUUAUUAUUGAUGCUUCAAAAAUAAAAGACAUAACUAUUAAGAAAAAUCCCAAGCGUGGAGAAAUUUUAAAAGUGAAGUAUGAAGAGAAAAUUUUUCGAGCAAAAGUACUUGAUGCAUUUGGAAAAAUGUACACUGUAUUUUUAAUAGACAUCGGAAAAAAUAUAAGUGUAUCUGCUGAUGAAGUAUUUGAAAUUUCUAAUGAGUCAAAAAAUGUACCUGGUUUAGCACAAAAAGUUGGACUUAAAGGAGCAAAAGAUUUAAAAAUAACUAAAACAGUAAAAGAUUAUUUUCAUAACUUAUGGUUUAAUGUGCCAGUUCCAUUAAUUUUGAUGUGUGAUGAAGAUAAUUUUAAUUGUUUUAAUGAAGUAAAUUUAAAAAGACUCAAUAAUGAACAUGAUAUAAUUGAUGAUUUAUUAAACAUUUGUAAUACAUUAUCUAAUGACAAUAUUAAUCAACUCAAACCUAUUGUACAGAAUUCAAAAAGUAACGGUUCAAGUGUUCAUUGGCGCAUUCCAAGUGGAGAACAUGUUGAAUUUUUAUUUGGAAAUAAUGUUGAAAAUAUACAUGUGAGACCUAUUAAACUAUAUGAAGAUUAUAAAAAUAUUUUAAAUGAAUUUAAAAAUGGAAAAAAUGAUCAUUUAAAAACAAUAUGCCCAAAAACUAAUGAGAAUGUUGCAGUAUAUUCAAUGAAAUAUAAUGGAUUUUAUAGAGCCAAAAUUAUUGGACCUUGUUCAGAUGAUACUUCUAUGUUCAGAUGUUCAUUUAGUGAUUAUAGUUUUAUUGAUUCAAUAUCAUUGAAACAUAUAUUUGAAUUGCCUAUAAGUGAAUCAGUAAAUACAGUACCAAUAUUGUGUCAAAGAGUUUCACUUGCUGGAUUAACCAAGAUUAAUAAUAAUAAUAGCAGAGUAAUUUCUUAUCUUGGACAAUUAGUUGGGAACACAUUAAUUUUAGAGUAUGAUAAAAAAGCUGAACGUUGGUAUAAACAAGUUAUAUUAAAGGACUUAAAAAAUCUAUCUAUAAAUGAAGAAAUACAAAAAUUAUGUCAGCCCAUGUCUCAACAGCGACGAUUAGAGAGAAAAAUUGUGAUACCCGAAAAAAAAGAAAAUGAAUUAGUGAAACCAAUUCAUCCUAUAAAAAGUGGUUCAACUGUUUAUAUAACUCAUUUUGAAAAUUUCAAUUCAAUUUUUAUUCGUGAUGCAUCACAUGAAUUUAUUGAAAGUUUCAAUAAAUUUAAUAAACAAAUGAUUAAAUAUUAUAAAUCAGCUUGUGUAAAUCGCAGUUCUAACAAACUGUUAAAUAUUGGUGAUAAAGUUUGUGUAAUAUCUACACUAAAUCCAAUUAUGUAUUGUCGGGCUCAAAUCAAAGAUAAAAUCAAUGAUGAAUUCAGAGUUUUUUGUAUUGAUUAUGGGAAUGAAGAGUUAGUUUGUGCUGAAGACAUAUUUGAAUUGCCUAAAGAAUUAGAAAAACCUCCAAAUUUUGUCAUUAAAGUUCAAAUACAGAAUAUAUCUGAAUUAAAAACAGAAAAUGAAAUUAAACUUGUUAAAGAAUAUUUGAAAAGAAAAAUUAUAACAACCAAUAACCCAAUUUGUAUUGAGUUUAAUGAGUUAAACCCAAAAGGCCUUGAUGAUGUUGCACUGAAGACAGAAUAUUACGGAAGCAAUAUACUCGAUGAAAUAAGAGACAUCUUAGAUAUGCCACCAUUGAAUAUUAAUUUACCUGGUCAUUGUCAAAAUAUUAAACAACAAAAUUCAUCUCAACCUGUAUCACCUUAUUCUACUCGUAAGGCUUUGUCAAAACAAGUAAAGCAAUAAUUUUAUUAAAUUAAAAAAUUCAAUAUUUUAUUUAUUCAUAUUAUUUCACUUAACUACUAUUAAAGAUAAACUACUAUUAAAGAUUAUAGAAUUUGUUGUUAUGUUAUAAGACAUAAUAUUUGUUUAAAAACUAUUGUUAUAAUUAUAUAU